AUGUCGGACAAAAUCACCGGCAAAAACCUAUCCUACGACACAAACAUCCCGCCCUUCCUGCGCGCUCUCCAAGCACAGGCGGCAGGGAACGGAGGCCCAGACGAGAUCCUCUCGAAAAGGCGACGGGCGGGCAAGAAGCGCUCAGACAGCGAGGAGGCAGAGGAUGCGCCGCUUGUGGUGGACGACGAGGGUAAUGUUGUCGACGUACGGGUGGACAAGGAUGGUGGCGUGGAGGCCGAUGACUUGAAGAAAGAUGGAGAAGAGGAGGGUGAGGGGAAGGAUACCAAGGAGGAGAAACGGGAGACGGAGAAGCUUGCUGGAAUCGGGGCGAGCAAGAAGAGGAAGGCUGGCAAGGUUGUUGGCGGUGAUGCUCAGGAGGAUGCUGUCGUCAACAAGCGCGGGACCAAGGACGAGAAGAACGGCGACGAUGACGAGGACGCCAAAAAGAAACCUGCCAAGAAGAUGGGAAAGAAGAUUAAGCUUAGCUUCGAUCCGGAAUGA